AUGGCCAUGGCUAUGGACCACAGUACCCUUAGGCUCGACUGUUCGGCGGCCUACAGCACCGAAUAUGAUGACCUCAGUGGACUAGGCCCUACUAACUGGGACUGGCCCCCUGUGGAGGACUGGGAACAUCUUCUAGGCCAAAACGGCUUAGACCUCAUCGACUCCAUGAUCGACGAUGGAGGAGGACUCAUCUACAACCUGGCUUCAGCCGGCUCCGUUGAAGAAGGGUCGACGUCGUCCCUCUCCGAUUCCACAUCCACUGAGGAGAUCACCAUGGACGAACAAACGAACGAAGACAGCAGGAACGGGCUGAGGCUGGUGCACCUACUGAUCGCGGCGGCAGACGCGCUCACCGGCGCUAACAAAUGCCGGGAUCUGGCUCGGGUGAUAUUGGUUCGGCUCAAGGGAUUGGUCUCUCCCAAAGAUGGAACUAACAUGGAGAGACUAGCGGCGUAUUUCACUGAGGCAGGCGCCGGCGGUUCCCACCGCGACGACCACCACAAUCAGACGGACGUGGUGCACGCUUUCCAGCUCCUGCAGGACAUGUCACCCUACGUCAAGUUCGGCCAUUUCACUGACAACCAAGCCAUCCUCGAGGCCGUGGCCCACGACCGCCGGAUCCACAUCGUCGAUUACGACAUCAUGGAAGGCAUCCAGUGGGCCUCACUCAUGCAAGCUCUCGUUUCCCGCAAGGACGGACCCUCGACCCCACACCUCCGAAUAACCGCCAUCUCUGGCCCCGGUGGCUCCGGAAGCGGAAGAAAAUCGAUCUCCACCGUCCAGGAGACAAGCCGCCGCUUGACUGCGUUUGCGGCAUCGAUCGAUCAGCCCUUCUCGUUCCACCAAUGUCGGUUGGACUCUGACGAGACGUUUCGGCCGUCGGCUUUGAAGCAGGUGAGAGGGGAGGCCGUUGUGAUCAAUUGUAUGCUUCACCUCCCACACUUCAACCACCGGACACCCGAGUCGGUGGCUUCCUUUUUAUCCGGAGCCAAGACCCUCAACCCGAGGAUUGUGACGCUGGUGGAGGAGGAGAUUGGCCACGUCGGCAAGGGCGAGUUCCUGGACAGGUUUGUUGACACCCUACACCACUACUCGGCCGUGUACGACUCGCUUGAGGCCGGGUCCCCCAUGCAGAGCUGCACCAGGGGUUUGGUGGAGCGGGUGUUCUUCGGGCCCCGGAUAGCCGGGUCGUUGGCCCGGAUCUACCGUGGGCAUGGAGAGGACGAGUGGGGGGAGUGGUUGACUGCGGAAGGACUCAGGCCUGUACCCAUAAGCUUUGCAAAUCACUGUCAAUCGAAGCUUUUGUUGAGCCUGUUCAACGACGGGUACAGGGUGGAGGAGCUGGCCAAUAACAAGAUUGCUUUGGGGUGGAAAUCGCGGCGUUUGCUGUCAGCUUCUGUUUGGACGCCGCCGGACUCUGACUUUUAA